AGGGACGACACCUAUACCUGGGACCAGCGCUGACCAAUGGGAGUGCAAGUUAAAUCCCGAGCCGCGCCUCUGACGUAAAUACUCCACGGACUCGAGCGCGGUGGGCGGGUCGUCACGGAUGAGUGUGGAUCCACGGCGAGAGACUGUUGAUGCCUAGGAACUGACGCCCACCGGUCCAAAAGUUUGUGUUGUUUGGAGUAGUGGAACGUGACGGCGAGUCGUUCAGUCUCUGAAAGCAGCACCUUCUGACUGCGCUGGUCGGGGGACUGCAUUUGUCUCAUUAUUGCCACAAUGGACAUGUAAAACAAAUCUAUGUAACUUGGUGCAAACCUGAUGAUUUGACCUCCUGUGACUCUGGUCAACCUAAGAUGAGAGAAAAUACACCAGAAAAUCAAAUGGAAAUGGCAUUUGAAUUACAUCUGGCGUCUCAUCAGAAGAGUCGGUUUUUGUGUCCCUGAAAAAUAAAGUCUGGGUAUUGUCACCGCUUACCUCAGGGGAAGCCACUUCUCCUCCAUUUUUUGGUGCACUUCAGCAGAACUAUGGCCAAAAACUCAUUCCGUGGGUCGAAGUACAAGACAGAGGCCAAUCAUGAUGGAGAUUUUGGCUGCACACUCAAAGAACUUCGAUCACUCAUGGAACUCAGAGCGACCGAUGGAUUACAGAGGAUUCAGGAGUGCUAUGGAGAUGUUCAGGGACUCUGUUCCAGGUUAAAAUCAUCACCAAUAGAUGGGUUAAGUGGACAUUCUGAUGACAUUUUGAGAAGAAAAGAAGAAUUUGGAAAGAAUUUUAUACCUCCUAAAAAGCCAAAGACAUUCCUACAGCUAGUGUGGGAAGCAUUGCAGGAUGUGACUCUAAUUAUUUUGGAAGUUGCAGCAAUAAUAUCCUUAGGCCUUUCCUUCUAUAAACCUCCUAAUGCAGAGAGAGAAAACUGUGGUAGGGCGGCUGGAGGAGUUGAGGACGAGGGUGAAGCAGAGGCGGGCUGGAUUGAGGGUGCUGCCAUCCUCUUGUCUGUCGUUUGCGUGGUUCUUGUCACAGCCUUUAAUGACUGGAGCAAGGAAAAGCAAUUCCGUGGACUGCAGAACCGCAUUGAACAAGAGCAGAAGUUCACUGUGCUCCGAGCCGGUCAAGUCAUUCAGAUUCCUGUGGCCGAGAUUGUGGUUGGAGACAUUGCACAAGUAAAAUAUGGUGACCUCCUUCCUGCUGACGGUAUACUAAUCCAAAGCAAUGAUCUAAAAAUUGACGAGAGCUCCCUCACUGGAGAGUCGGACCAUGUCAAAAAAACUGUGGACAAAGACCCCAUGCUUCUUUCAGGCACGCAUGUGAUGGAGGGCUCCGGAAAAAUGCUGGUCACAGCAGUGGGGGUGAACUCUCAGACGGGGAUCAUCUUCACUCUCCUAGGACACGGAGAUGAUGAUGAUGAUGAUGAUGAUGCGGAGAAAAAAGAAGAGAGGGAGAGGAAAAAGAGGGAGAAGGAGGAGAAAAAGCGGGAGAAAGAAGAGAAAAAGAAAGAAAUGGAGAGGAAGAAGAAGGAGAAGAAAGAAAAAAAGAAAAAGAAGGAUGGAGGCACAGUGGAGAUGGAGCCCCUCAACAGUGAUGAUGACACAGAAGAAGAGCCGAAAAAAAACAAGAUUCCAAAGAAAGAGAAAUCAGUACUUCAAGGGAAGCUUACCAAACUAGCAGUACAAAUCGGGAAAGCAGGGCUCUUCAUGUCAGCCAUCACAGUCCUCAUUCUUGUGGCGCUGUUUUUGGUGGACACUUUCUGGAUUCAAGGGCUUCCCUGGAUUAAAGACUGCACUCCCAUCUACAUCCAGUUCUUUGUCAAGUUCUUCAUCAUCGGCGUCACUGUGCUGGUUGUUGCCGUGCCUGAAGGUUUACCGCUUGCUGUCACUAUUUCAUUGGCCUAUUCUGUGAAAAAAAUGAUGAAGGACAACAACCUGGUGAGGCAUCUGGACGCUUGCGAGACAAUGGGAAAUGCCACGGCAAUUUGCUCUGAUAAAACAGGCACCCUAACCAUGAACAGAAUGACAGUGGUUCAGGUGUAUAUUGGAGACAGACACUACAAGAAGGUCCCGGAACCUGAACUGAUUCCUGGCAACAUCAUGAAUCUUCUCGUCACAGGCAUCAGUGUUAACUGUGCAUAUACUUCAAAAAUAAUGGCUGCUGAGAAAGAGGGCGGUCUGCCCCGUCAAAUUGGGAACAAAACUGAAUGUGCCUUGCUAGGGUUUAUCACUGGAUUACGAAAAGAUUACCAAGCCAUUCGCAAUGAAUAUCCUGAGGAAAAAAUUUACAAAGUCUACACUUUCAACUCAGUCAGGAAAUCCAUGAGCACAGUCCUAAAAAAUCGAGAUGGAAGUUACUGUAUGUUCAGCAAAGGAGCAUCAGAAAUCCUCCUGAGGAAGUGCUAUCAAGUCCUGACAGCCAAUGGCGAAGCCAAAGUCUUCAGGCCCAUUGAUCGGGAUGACAUGGUGAAAAAGGUGAUUGAGCCCAUGGCCUCUGAGGGUUUGCGGACCAUCUGCCUCGCUUACAGGGACUUCCCUGUUUCGGAUGGGGAGCCUGAUUGGGAUAAUGAGACAGAUAUCCUGACUGGACUUACCUGCAUUUGUGUGGUGGGCAUUGAGGAUCCUGUUCGGCCAGAGGUCCCCGAUGCUAUUAAGAAGUGCCAGCAGGCAGGCAUCACUGUACGCAUGGUCACAGGGGAUAACAUUAACACCGCUCGAGCUAUUGCAACCAAGUGCGGCAUUCUCCAUAUAGGCGAUGACUUCCUUUGCCUUGAAGGAAAAGAGUUCAACAAACGAAUACGCAAUGAACUUGGAGAGAUUGAGCAAGAGCGGCUGGACAAGGUCUGGCCCAAACUGCGUGUACUUGCGAGAUCUUCUCCAACUGAUAAGCAUACGUUGGUCAAAGGUAUAAUUGACAGCACCAUACUAGAACAGAGACAAGUAGUUGCUGUCACUGGAGACGGAACCAAUGAUGGCCCUGCGCUAAAAAAAGCUGAUGUUGGAUUUGCAAUGGGCAUUGCUGGUACAGAUGUGGCCAAAGAGGCAUCAGACAUUAUCUUGACAGACGAUAACUUCAGCAGCAUUGUGAAGGCAGUGAUGUGGGGGAGGAACGUCUAUGACAGCAUCUCAAAGUUCCUCCAGUUUCAGCUGACGGUCAAUGUGGUGGCUGUCAUCGUGGCGUUUACUGGAGCCUGUAUUACACAGGACUCCCCACUCAAAGCUGUACAGAUGCUGUGGGUGAAUUUAAUUAUGGACACAUUUGCAUCACUAGCACUGGCGACAGAGCCUCCCACUGAUGCUUUACUGCUGCGCAAACCGUACGGCCGUAACAAGCCCCUUAUUUCCCGCACCAUGAUGAAGAACAUCCUUGGACAUGCUGUGUAUCAGCUAACCAUCAUCUUCACACUGCUGUUUGCCGGUGAGCAGAUCUUUGACAUUGACAGUGGCAGGAACACUCCUCUUCACGCUCCUCCUUCAGAGCACUACACCAUUGUCUUUAACACAUUUGUUAUGAUGCAGCUUUUUAAUGAGAUUAACGCUCGAAAGAUCCACGGCGAGAGAAAUGUUUUCGAGGGCAUCUUCAAUAACUUGAUCUUCUGCUCUAUUGUAUUCGGGACCUUUAUUUUGCAGUUCCUAAUCGUGCAGUUUGGAGGGAAGCCUUUUAGCUGUGUAGGUCUCUCUGUUGAGCAGUGGCUAUGGUGUGUUUUCCUUGGCUUUGGCUCUCUUCUGUGGGGGCAGUUGAUUACCACCGUUCCCACAAGUCGCCUGAAGUUCCUGAUGACAGCGGGACAUGGCACUCAGAAGGAGGAGAUCCCUGAGGAUGAGCUGGAGGAGAUGGAAGACCUGGAUGAAAUCGACCACGCUGAAAUGGAGCUAAAAAGGGGGCAGGUUCUGUGGUGCAGGGGUCUCAACAGAAUUCAAACACAGAUCCGUGUGGUUAAUGCUUUUCGGGAUUUCAUGUCCCCUUACGACGGUCUGGAGACACCAAAGUCUCGCAGCUCAAUUCACAAUUUCAUGAGCCACCCUGAGUUCCGUAUUGAGGAUUCAGAGCCAGCCAUUCCUCUCAUCGAUGACACAGACCCAGAGGAGGAUGCACCUACUAUACGAAACACCGCUCCUUCCCCACUGCCUCCAGUUUUAUCCUCUAAUCAGAACAACAAUGCAAUCGACAACAGAGGCUUUCAUCAGCACAAAGAUAUAGCUAAAACUAUCCUUUCGCCGACUCCUGGAAGCCCAAUGCACAGUCUGGAAACCUCUCUAUAAUCUGCUACCACCCUAUGUCAGACCACAUCAACAACCGAGGACACAUUUAGAAGAUGGUCAAGGCUUCUGAGCCUUUGAUAGUGAACUGGAAAAUCUGAAAAACUUUUUUUUUCCCAUUAUUUUCGUAUUUGGCCUACACACCUUGAAAGUGCAUGAUUUGGGAAUGAAUGGUGUUGCUCAAAUGUUCAAAUUCUUUUUUCUUAUAUUUUGCUCACUCAAAAAAUUUGAUAUAAGGUGUUUCGGCUGUUUUGGAUGCAAAAGGUUCACAUGUAGUUGCUGCUGUUAAAUUGUGAGCAAACAGUUUUUGAAAGUGCACUAUUUGCCUCUAAAUAAAUUUUUUAUUUUUUAUUUUUAGAAAGCUAGGAAAAUAUGCAAUGCCUCAACAUUUUUAAAGGAGUACAGCUGGAUGGUAAAAGACAAUUUUUAUGGGCCUCUUAUUUCAUGAAAUGUAGCUUAACUGCACUGCACUUGCAAAAAUGGCAUGCACAAGGUCUAGUAAGGGAAUGAAAUGUUAACUGGUUUACAAUGGUACAUUGUGCUCAAUUUUUUCUUUUUAAAUCAAGCAAUGUUGAAGGCUGUGCUAAAUAUUAUAUUUUCUGUUUAGAGUGUUUUAUAAAUUUUGAUCCACCCCACCUCCUUAAACCACAGACGAGGCUUCAGAUACACUACGCAAGUCCCACAAGUUUGUCGAGAUGCUGUUUUAUUAACUUAUUGUGAUAGUAAUAUGAAGUACUUUAUUUUUUACUGCAGAUAUUAUUCCUUGUGGGGAUAUGUUAAUGGAUUUAACAGAAUGUUAUAGGAUUUGUUACAGAAAUGUAUACAUGGUAAACAAUACAAGAUUAGUAAAAGAAAAUAGGACAGAACUGGAGAGAAUUUGUGGGUUCUCUUUAUUCUUUAUUUUUCACUGUAGUUUCAUUCCCAUUUUGGGAAUGAAGUUUUUCCAUCAGUGUUUAAUUUAUUUAUUUAUUUAUUUAUUAUUAAUAUUUUUUAUUUUUGGCAUUUUUGCCUUUGUUAUGAUAGGACAGUGAGUAGACGGGAAGCAAAGUGGGACAGGAUAGAUGUUUAUGUAAUAUAUAUUUGUAAAUAUAAAUGGUUAUUGUGGUUAAAUUUACAUUUGCAAGUCUUUAAAUAAUGUGUAUGGUUUUUGGCAA